AUGCUCGAGAUCAGCACGAACGUUGUGAUCGCCACGUACGACAGCGCGGGUAGGUUCGACUGGUGGUGCGGCCGCGUGCAGCAGAUGCUCUGCAAGUCGGGCGGCAAGAGGGGGAGCUACGUGCGGACCUAUCUCCCCGUGCCGUUCGACGAGGCUAAGGCAGCCAACUAUAAGAUCCACUGCAACUUCUACGCCAAGUCGGGCGCGGACGGCGACUACACCUUCAAGUACAACGUCGACGAUUCCGCCCCGUACCACAUGGAGUCGGUGCUCGGCCUCCUCGACCUCAACCUCCCCACCGACGAAGGAGUCUACGUGCCGCGCGAUCAACAGGCCGGCUGGAAGUUUGACGAGGCGCUUAAACUGAUCACGCCGGCCGCGGACUCUGCUCCCCACCGCAAGCGGAGUACCGCCGACGACGAGGCUGGCGGCUCCUCUGGCGCGAAGAAGCGCGCCCUGACGGUGACGCUCACACGCAAGGGCGGGACGCUUGGAAUCUCUGUCGACCCCAACAACCACCAAAUCACCAACGUGGUCGAGGGUGGCGCUGGCGACACCGCCGGGCUUUGCGUGGGCGACUUCAUCGCCGAGGUCAACGGCAAGUCGACGACCGGCGGCUCCUUUGGCAAGCUGCUGCCUGCUGCAGCGACGGCGGAGAUUAGGCUGCGGCUCAUCCGAGCGUGCCCGCGGGGGCUCUGCAGAGAGCCAGACGGCUCCGCGCGGUUCGAGUACGCGAAAACGACCCGCGGUGGGGAGGAGCGCUUCGUCGUGAUCGUGAAUGAGGGCGAGCUGGCCGACUACCUCGUCGGCCAUGAGCCGGAGCUCCACCAGAACAAGGCGCACGAGCUCGCGAGGGAAUUCGGCGCCAAGUAUGACGCGGAGGCCGACAAGUCGUGGUACCUCCCGCCGUCAAUGGAGGUCGACAUACAGCAGCGCAUGAUCGCGCACUUUGGCCAGAAGUACCAGGUGGCCACCACCGGCCGCCCCGCCCCCGUGUAG